AUGGAAUUAUUGCUCUCAAAAUAUAAGAUCCAGGAGGAGCAUCUCUUCACAUCGUUUGAUGCUUUAUGGGCCCUAUUAAUAGAUAUUGGCCGGGUCCCUGGUGGGCCUGAAGUUUACUGCAUUAUCGAUGCUCUGGACGAAUGCGAAUCUGACUCACAAGAAACCCUGCUGCAACAAAUUGACCACUCGUUCAAUAACCUGAGGACUAAUGAUUCAGUCCCUUCUAGCAUACAUCUGUUAAUGCUCAGCCGUCCAUAUCCCGAACUUGAACAAUACCUAUCCACAUUCAAAUGUAUGGACUUGGGGUCGUAUCGAGAGAUCACAAACGACCUCAGAGCGAUGAUCAAGGACAAAGUGGAGGACCUUGCUUGGCGCAAAAAAUACCCUAACUCAGUGUUUGAGGAAGUGUCCCAAAUCUUGGAAGAAAAGGCUGCUGGGACAUUCCUAUGGGUAGGAAUUGCCUGUGGCGAAUUGGCACGGGUGCAAUCCAGAAAUGCAGUAAAGACCCUGCAAGCUCUCCCGCGGGGACUACAUUCUUUAUAUCAGAAACUCCUCAAUGCAGCCGUCUCAGCUAGCGACGAGGACGAUCAUCGAGUAAUAAAGGAGAUACUGGGCUUUGUUGCAUUCGCCCGGCGACCACUGACGAUAAUAGAAAUGGCCGAAGCAUGUCGAUUAUAUUUUGACAAAGAUAUGGAUAGUCGCCUUCAGUUCACGCGGGAACUUAUCGAUCUGUGCCGCUUACUGAUUGUCAUCGACAAUGGCUACGUGCGACUUUUGCAUAGUUCUGUCCAAGACUUUUUACUGCUUGAGAUACAGGAGAUUAAUGCAAUGAAAACCAAUUACGCGUUGUCAUGUCGGUGCAUUGAGACUAUUCUGCACAAGUGCCAGCCAGCAAUGGAUAAAUCAGAACUGGACCCCGAAAAAGGGUUUCUGGGUUAUUCAGUACUGCAUUGGCCGGAGCAUGCUAGGCUUUCUCAAACAGAAUUUGCCAUCCGGGAGGAGCUUAAAGAUUUCUUCCAAAUCCAGCUUGAAACGUGGGACAGGUGGCUGGAUUAUUACAACUACCUGAAAAGAAGUCCAUGGGGGAGUCUUGGGUCCUGA